AAGAGACAUUUGGUUAAAGUGUGACCCACAGUUCAGGUCAGAAGCAUUACAGUUUAAACCAGCACAGUAUAUACAGGCAGGAGCGUGUUCAGUCAGCUUCAGAGGACCAACACGCCACAACACAGACUUCAUCCGGCAGUCAUGAGGAUCAUCAGCAUCGGUCCAGACCCAUCUCUGGCAUAUCGGCCAAAUUUGGAGAAGAAGGAAACGAAAGAGAAGGAAGACUACAGGAACUUUGAGAGUGGCAGUCUAAUUGAGCGCGUAUUCAACACAUACAAGCUGAUGCACACCAACCAGACGUUGGGCUUUGUAAAACAAAAGCACUCUGAAUGGACCGGCUGCACACACACUCAGAUGGGGAUGAUGGAUGCCAUCAUGUCUCUAGACCAGCUGGUGGACGAGUCAGACCCUGAUGUGGACUUCCCCAACUCGUUCCAUGCCUUCCAGACUGCUGAAGGAAUUCGCCAGGCACACCCAGACAAAGACUGGUUCCAGUUGGUGGGUCUGAUCCAUGAUGUUGGGAAGAUAAUGGCACUUUGGGAUGAACCCCAGUGGGCUGUAGUAGGUGACACCUUCCCAGUGGGCUGCAAGUUUCAAAACUCCAUUGUGUUCAGAGACAGCACCUUCCUGGAUAACCCAGAUGACAAAAAUCCCAGCUACAACUCUCAAUAUGGGAUCUAUGAACCAAAUUGUGGGCUCGACAAUGUCUACAUGUCCUGGGGUCAUGACGAGUAUCUCUACAGAGUUAUGAAGUUCAACAAUUGCACAAUCCCAGAGGAGGGGCUGUACAUGAUUCGCUUCCAUUCAUUCUACCCCUGGCACUCCCACGGAGACUACACGCAUCUGUGCAGUGACAAAGACCUGCGCAUGCUGUCCUGGGUCCGAGAGUUCAACAAAUUCGACCUGUACACAAAGACCAAAGAUCUGCCUGACGUCGACAAGUUGAAAGCGUACUACCAGUCUCUGAUCGACAAAUACUGUCCCGGAAUACUGAAAUGGUGACGCAGACAACACUUUGGCACAGAGGAAUCAGAGGAUGAUUACAUGCUGAAUAACUGAAUGAUUUCUCAUGUGGUCGCUUUAGUUUAAAAUGACUUACAGUGUAACCUGAGGAACUGUAUUUUAUCUUGUGUACUGACAUGUUAUUAUUAGAUGGUUGUCACGUUUGCAAAUCAAAAAACAAAAACAAACAAAAAAAAAUCCUGAAGCAUUUUAAAUUUUGUUGCAUUUUAAUGUUAUAAAAAAUUUUAAAAGUACUACA